AUCUUUUGACCUUUAAUAAUUAAAGCUCGUAAGUAAUUUUUUUUUGCCCAGAAAUUUAAUCAACAAAUUGAGACUGAAAAUUGUUAACCUCCGGAUCACUUCACAUGAAACGAGGUGAAGGUUAGAGGGCAAUACGGGCGUUUCUAGAUCUACAGGCCACCUUCUUCAUCAAUCCCUUUAUAGACUUAGCUCUCAUGGCAUAACAAUCGCACUCGGAUCCUCCUCUGCUUCAGCCCCGCAUCGAACUGAUCUCGCAGAUUAGGCAAUGCACCAUUGCAUUCCAAUAGGAGUGUCAAUCAGAAAGCAAUACUUGAAGGACGCAGUUGAAUAAAGUCUUCCAAUGGCUGGAGCUGCAGGUGCCUUUGUGACUCGAUCUUUUGAAUACAUGCUGAAAGAAUCUGCAGGAAAGAAGUAUGGAAAUCUUCAGAAGGCUCUGAAAUCAUACCUAGAUAUCUCAAAGGAAAUAAGUAACCAGCCAUCUUCUCAACCUGCAACAAAUCAAGCUUCUGAUGAUAAAUUGCAUCCACAAGAUGGUGGUGUUGAUGGGGAUGGGGAAAUUUCAGUACAAGAAGAAGGAGAUACUAGAACUUCUCAAAAAAAUUCCUCUGCUGUUGGUGGAGAAGAUCAUGCACCCCAAAAUUUGAGGGGAAGUGAAGCAAUUACAGCAAGGCUGUCUACUGCUGGUCAUACUAUAGAAGGAUCAGAUUCAGAACUUGUUCUUCAGCCACUUCGACUUGCGUUUGAGACAAAGAAUCCCAAACUUGCGGAACCUGCUCUUGAUUGUCUGCAUAAGCUGAUAUCAUACGAGCAUUUGGAAGGUGACUGUGGUCUUGAAGGUGGUAAGAAUGGUGCAAUAUUUACCGACAUCAUAAAUUUGGUUUGUGGUUGUGUGGACAAUACUGCACCUGACAGCACUGUUCUUCAAGUACUGAAGGUUCUCUUAACUGCUGUGGCUUCAACAAAGUUCAGAGUUCAUGGAGACUGUCUGUUGAGUGUGAUUCGCACAUGCUAUAAUAUUGCCCUUAACAGCAAGAGUGCAAUAAAUCAGGCUACAGCAAAGGCUAUGUUGACUCAAAUGAUCAGCAUUGUCUUUAGGCACAUGGAAUCUGAAGAACAGCUUUCAAGUGGUGUUUCUCUUCCUACAGCAGACACAUUGCAUCCUUCUCUUGCUACCUCGACUGCUCUCCCUAUACAGGAAACUAAUUCCAAGUCAGAACUGUCAAAACAGGAAAGUCAUGAAAUUGUGACUGAUGAUUCUGUUGAUCAGGAUGGAAAGGAUGCAGCAGCUAUAACACUAGGCGAUGCUCUCUCCCUAGACAGAUUGAAUGAUGCAGCUCUUGUAUCUGUAGAGGAAUUGCAGCAUCUUGCUGGAGGUGCAGAUAUCAAGGGCCUGGAGGCUGCUCUUGAUAAGGCUGUGCAUUCAGAAGAGAGUAAUAGAGCAUCAGGAGGUAUCGAUUUGGAAAGCAUGAGUAUAGGACAACGAGAUGCUUUACUGGUUUUCCGUACACUCUGUAAGAUGUCUAUGAAGGAAGAGACUGAUGAGUUUGUUACAAAAACAAAGCUUCUUUCACUUGAGCUGCUUCAGGGGUUACUAGAGGGUGUGAACCAUUCAUUUACUUUAAAUUUUCAUUUUAUUGAUUCAGUCAAAACCCACCUGUCAUAUGCAUUGCUGAGGGCAUGUGUGUCUUCCCAUCAAGCAAUUUUUCAGUUUGCUUCAGGCAUUUUCUCUGUUUUGUUACUGCGGUUCAGAGAAAGUUUGAAGGCGGAAAUAGGUGUAUUUUUCCCAUUGAUCAUUUUGCGGUCCCUAGAUAGCUCAGAUAGCCCACUUCACCAAAGGACAUGCGUUCUAAGGAUGCUUGAUAAAGUCUGUAAGGAGUCACAGAUGCUGGCAGAUAUAUUUGUUAACUAUGAUUGUGAUUUAGGGGCAAUCAACCUGUUUGAGCGUAUGGUAAACGCUCUUUCAAGGAUUGCACAGGGUACAUUGAAUGCAGAUCCCAGAUCCAUAACUCUUGCACAGGACUCGUCAAUAAAAUCUUCAUCACUACAGUGUUUGGUGAAUGUGCUAAAAUCACUAGUUGAAUGGGCAAAUGCUCAUCAAGUGCCAAAGGAGCAUGCAAUAGAUGGCUCACUUUCUGAAAAGGAGACAAGUUCAGGGUCAAGUGGUCCAAAUGAUGAGUUUAGGAGCCGAGAGGAUAUACCUAGUCAGUUUGAAAAGGCCAAGGCUCACAAAUCAACAAUGGAGACUGCCAUUGCAGAGUUCAAUCGGAAUGCUGAAAAAGGUGUUCACUAUCUAGUAUCUAAUAUGCUGGUUGAGAACACACCUUCCUCUAUUGCGCAUUUUCUACGGACAACACCUGGCCUGGAUAAGGGAAUGGUUGGUGAUUAUUUGGGCCAGCAUGAGGAAUUCCCACUUGCUGUUAUGCAUGCAUAUGUAGAUUCAAUGAACUUUGGUAGCAUGAAAUUUGAUAGGGCAAUACGUGAGUUUCUUAAAGGGUUUCGCUUGCCUGGAGAAGCUCAAAAAAUUGAUCGCAUUAUGGAAAAAUUUGCUGAGCGGUAUUGUCGUGAUAAUCCAGGACUCUUCAAGAAUGCUGAUACAGCUUAUGUGCUUGCAUAUGCGGUUAUAAUGCUAAAUACAGAUGCACAUAAUCCAAUGGUUAGGUCAAAAAUGUCAAAAGCAGAUUUUGUCAGGAUGAACUCAACGACUGAUGCAGAGGAAUGUGCUCCCAAGGAGCUUUUGGAAGAGAUUUAUGAUUCUAUACUGAAAGAGGAGAUAAAGUUGAAGAAUGAUAAUGUUGAUUCAGGUAAAAGUACUAGGCAAAAGACAGACACUGAAGAGAGAGGCCGAAUUGUUAACAUACUGAAUUUGGCCAUGCCAAGAAGAAAGGGAACAGAUGACACAAAAAAAGAAAGUGAGGAAAUUGUUAAGCGCACACAAGCAUUUUUUAAGGAGGGUGGAACAAAGAGGGGUGUAUUUUACACUGCUCAUCAAAUGGAACUUGUGAAACCUAUGCUUGAGGCUGUAGGAUGGCCCUUACUUGCAGCAUUUUCUGUCACAAUGGAGGAUAGUGAUAACAAACCUAGAGUCCUGCUUUGUAUGGAGGGCUUUAGACUUGGUAUCCAUCUUACAAGGGUUCUUGGAAUGGAUACAAUGCGAUAUGCCUUCUUGACAUCCUUAGUAAGAUUUACAUUUCUGCAUGCACCAAAGGAGAUGAGGAGCAAAAAUGUGGAGGCUUUACGGAUGCUGUUGACCUUGUGUGACACUGAGACAUAUGCCUUGCAGGACACUUGGAAUGCUGUUUUAGAAUGUGUAUCUAGGCUGGAGUAUAUCACAUCCACACCUUCUAUGGCUGCAACAGUUAUGCAUGGUUCAAAUCAGAUAUCCAGGGAUGCUUUGCUUCAGUCAUUGAGAGAUCUCACUGGCAAACCAACCGAACAGGUGUUUGUGAAUAGUGUAAAGUUACCAAGCGAUUCAAUUGUAGAAUUCUUCACAGCCUUAUGUGGUGUCUCUGCAGAGGAAUUAAAACAAACACCUGCACGAGUUUUUAGUCUGCAGAAACUUGUUGAAAUAAGCUACUACAACAUGGCUCGGAUACGCAUGGUUUGGGCAAGAAUAUGGUCUGUACUCUCAUAUCACUUUAUCUCGGCGGGAAGUCACCAUGAUGAGAAGAUUUCCAUGUAUGCAAUCGACUCACUAAGGCAGCUUGGAAUAAAAUAUUUGGAAAGGGAAGAACUUGCUAAGUUUACCUUCCAGAAUGAUAUCUUGAAACCUUUUGUUAUUCUCAUGCGCAACAACAGAAGUGCAACAAUUCGUACACUCAUUGUAGAUUGUAUUGUUCAGAUGAUCAAAUCCAAGGUUGGAAGCAUUAAAUCUGGCUGGAGGAGUGUCUUUAUGAUAUUUACAGCAGCUGCUGAUGAUGAAUCAGAAUCGAUUGCAGAAAGUGCCUUUGAGAAUGUGGAGCAAGUGGUCCUUGAACACUUUGAUCAGGUUGUUGGGGAUUGCUUCAUGGACUGUGUAAACUGCCUUAUUGCAUUUGCUAAUAAUAAAAACUGCCCACGCAUCAGUUUGAAGGCCAUUGCUCUGCUUCGUAUAUGUGAAGAUCGGCUUGCAGAGGGCCUUAUUCCAGGUGGGGCUAUGAAGCCUGUUGAAGUUAUAGGGGUUGAUGGUGACUUCGACGUAACAGAACAUUACUGGUUUCCAAUGCUAGCGGGUUUGUCAGAUUUAACUUCUGAUCCUCGGACUGAAGUAAGAAACUGUGCACUUGAGGUGCUAUUUGACUUGCUAAAGGAGAGAGGUCACAAGUUUUCGUCAUCAUUUUGGGAGAAUGUGUUUCAUCGUGUGUUGUUCCCCAUAUUUGAUCAAGUAAGGCAUGCAGGAAAGGAUGGCAAUAUGUCUGCUUCAGGGGAUCAUUGGCUUCGUGACACAUGCAUUCAUUCCCUUCAAUUGCUUUGUGAUCUCUUCAGUAACUUUUAUAAGGAAGUUUCAUUUCUUCUACCUUCUCUACUGGGACUGUUGUUAGAUUGUGCUAAAAAACCAGACCAAGCAGUGGCUUCUAUCUCGUGUGGUGCUUUGGUACAUUUAAUAGAGGUUGGAGGUCACCAGUUCAAUGAUAAGGACUGGAACACGUUACUCUCAAGUAUUCGCGAUGCAUCUUAUACAACACAGCCCCUUGAACUACUGAACACACAAGGCUUUGAGUACAUGAAGAAAAAUAUGAGUAUUCGUGAUGCAUCUUAUACAACACAAGCCCUAGAACUACCAAAUACACAUGGUUUUGAGUACACAAGGCAAAAUUCCAGUGUAGCAGGUAAUGGAAUUACAAGAGAAGAUAGAACAAAUGCCAAUGGUGUAGGAUUGGAUGAAGAGACUCACAACAGUCGUGAGAAUGGAAAUUCACUUUUCAGUACACCUCAAAGCAUACAUAAUGGUGAUAUUCAGAAGCAUCAAGUUGGGGAAGUUUGGGAACGAGAUGAACAAGUCAGAUCAAACUUUGGGGAUUCUGAAGGCAUACCAUCGUCCUCAACAGAUGUGAGUCAAGCAAGGGGAAAUGUGUACAGGAACCAAACCCUUGGGCAAAAGAUUAUGGGAAACAUGAUGGAUACACUGCUGCUUAAGAAUCUUACUUUUAAAUCAAAAGGACGUGCAGGAGAUGUUUUAGUUCCAGCAUCUCCCACUCAGGUAUCUGACAAUGGAGAUUCAAUACCUGCUGAGAUUGAAGAAAGUGCUUUAUUGAAAUCUAUCAGAGGGAAAUGCAUUACACAACUAUUGUUACUAGGUGCUCUCGAUUGUAUCCAGAAAAAUCAUUGGAACAGAUUAUGGCCCUCUCACAAGACAUUAAUAAUGGACAUAUUGUUGUCAAUUAUGGAUUUUGCUGCUUCUUACAAUUCAUAUGCAAAUCUUCGGAUACGUAUGCAUCAGAUUCCAGCUGACAGACUUCCUGUUAAUAUCCUGCGUCAGGAAAUUGAAGGAACUCGCAUUUAUUUGGAAGUAUUACUUAAGGCUACUACACAGCUCAAUGCAGAUGAUGAAGAAGAAUUAUCAAAUACUAUAUCAAAUGAAGAUGAAGCAUCUGCAGUCAAAGUUUCCAAUUAUGAAAUGAAAGCAGAGGAGCUGAAACUACAAGAAAUUGCUGAACAAAAACUAGUCUCUUUUUGUGGGCAGGUUUUGACAGAGACAUCCAGUCUCCAACCUGGUGCUGGAGAGGCUGUCGAUGCUGAUGUUCAUCGUGUUCUUGUUCUACGUGCCCCAAUCAUUGUUAAAGUGCUGAGUGGGAUGUGCGUUAUGAACAAGAGAAUUUUUAAGAAGCACCUUGGGGAGUUUUUCCCUCCUGUUACAAAACUUGUAUGCAGUGACCAGAUGGAUGUGCGCCGGGCAUUGGGUGACCUCUUUAAGGCACAGCUAACAGUCCUUUUGCCUUGACCAUUUUCACAAUAUUGUAUCGUGCUUGUCAAUUUCCAUUAUUCUUUCCUUAUUUGGCGGUGGAAGUAUAUAAAUUCAUUGGAAAGCUUUUCCAGAUUACCAAUUUGUAUGAUAAUGGUCCGUUGAGGUUGUUUUCUUAUACGAGGAUGUUGACAGUUGCAUGUAUGGAGAUAUCUUCAUGAACCAGCGACAUGCAUUUGGAUGUAGCAAAUGCAGUUUUGAAAUAUUUGAAUAUCUUUGUUGAUCUAUUAUUUA